AGAUUUCCAUCGUUGGAUAGGAGAGGAGGAGAGAGAGAGAGAGAGAGAGAGAGGAGCAUUAGGCAUUAGCUGCUGUUGGUUAUUAGUUAAUGCGGCAGAGGGGGAGGUUUUACGACCGUAGAUCUCGGAGCUUCUCCCGGUCUCGCCUUGCCAUCGAGGGCUCAUAGCUUCUCCUCCUCCUUUUCAGCCGUUUCUCCUUCUUCUCAAGCUUUGGCAACCGUUUGUCCAGCCACAGCACCCAAAUCUCAACGACCUAGCACAAAUGGCUGCCAUCAAUGGAGGAGGAGGAGAGGAGGAGCGCAUGGUACAGAAGAGCUACUGGAUGGAGCAUUCCAAGGACCUCACCGUGGAGGCCAUGAUGCUCGACUCCCGUGCCUCUGAUCUCGACAAGGAAGAGAGGCCCGAGGUCCUCUCUUUACUUCCACCGUAUAAAGGAAAAUCAGUUUUGGAGCUAGGAGCUGGUAUCGGUCGCUUCACUGGUGAGCUGGCGAAAGAAGCCGGUCAUGUUCUGGCUUUGGAUUUCAUCGAAAAUGUGAUUAAGAAGAAUGAGAGUGCCAAUGGUCAUCUUAAGAAUAUAAGUUUUGUGUGUGCGGAUGUAACAUCUCCAGACUUGAUGAUCGAAGCAGAAUCUGUGGAUUUGAUAUUCUCAAACUGGUUGCUGAUGUAUCUCUCAGAUAAUGAGGUGGAAAAGCUGGCAGAAAGGUUGGUAAAAUGGUUAAAAGUUGGCGGGUAUAUUUUCUUCAGAGAAUCUUGUUUCCACCGGUCUGGGGACUCUAAGAGGAAAACCAACCCAACACAUUACCGGGAACCAAGGUUCUAUACUAAGGUGUUUAAACAGUGCCAAACCUAUGAUGGUGUAGGAAAUUCCUUUGAACUCUCCCUCAUUACUUUCAAGUGCAUUAGGGCUUAUGUAAGGAACAAGAAAAAUCAAAAUCAAAUCUGUUGGUUAUGGCAAAAGGUCAGAUCAACUGAUGACAGGGGGUUUCAGCGCUUCUUGGAUAAUGUACAGUACAAAAGCAGUGGAAUUUUACGCUAUGAACGUGUCUUUGGGGAAGGUUUUGUGAGCACUGGAGGAAUUGAGACUACAAAGGAAUUUGCGGCAAAGCUGGAACUAAAGCCUGGACAGAAAGUCCUUGAUGUGGGAUGUGGCAUUGGGGGAGGUGACUUUUAUAUGGCCAAGAACUUUAAUGUCGAUGUGGUUGGAAUUGAUUUUUCAAUAAAUAUGAUUUCCUUUGCUCUUGAACGUGCCAUCGGGUGCAAGUGCUCAGUCGAGUUUGAGGUUGCUGACUGCACCAAGAAAAUUUAUCCAGAUGACACAUUUGAUGUGAUCUACAGCCGUGACACCAUCCUUCACAUACAAGACAAGCCCAUGCUAUUCAGAAGCUUUUUUAAGUGGUUAAAGCCAGGAGGGAAGCUUCUUAUUACUGAUUACUGCAAGAGAUCCGGGACACCAUCAGAGGAAUUUACAGAGUAUAUCAAGCAAAGGGGAUAUGAUCUCCAUGAUGUAGAGGCUUAUGGUCAGAUGCUACAAGGUGCUGGUUUUUAUGAGGUUACUGCAGAAGAUCGGACAACUCAGUUUCUUGAGGUUCUUCAGAGGGAAUUGGAUGCUGUUGAGAAGGACAGGGAUGCUUUCAUAAAAGAAUUUUCAAAGGAAGACUAUGAUGAAAUUGUUAGCGGUUGGAAGGCAAAGCUGAAAAGGAGUUCCGUUGGUGAGCAGAGGUGGGGCCUGUUCAUGGCUAGAAAGAAUGAUCAAGUUCGCCAGUGACUUUUCUAAUAAUGCGUCGCUUAUCCUGUUGAGCUCUCUUCAAGAAUUGUUACUUGCGUUUGAGCUUAAUUAGUUGUUAUUAAUGUAGUUUGGAUUUGGUUCGUUAUCAGAUGGUAUUUUGUGAAAGACAGCUGAGGGCACUUCAAUUUUACGAAUUAAUUGAAUAUUUAAUUUAACGGUAUGAA